AAAGAUGGCUGCUUCCACGGGCACGUGUAGAAAGUAAAUAAGUUAAUUAAGAGAUUAAUGCAACGUAAUUAACGUUAAUUAGCUAAUUUAAAGACAAUGGGCAAAGACAGAAAGAAGAAGUUUAAAGCCCCAAAGCAGCAGCCGACAGGGCUACCAAGCGUUAGGGAAUUUGAGGCGGAACUGCGAAAUGGCGAUAAUGUUGAAGUCGAUAACGAGCCGUCUGGGGUUGUUGCAGAAGUUCUAGAAAAGCUACAGAGUGGCAGUGUUGAAGAGAGGGAAAUAGGAUGUAGUAUAUUGGUCAGUCUUGUAUCUCAACAAGAGGCCGUACCAGUUCUACUCAAACACAAUAUCAUCAAAAUUCUCGGCCCUUUAAUUGUUGAUCCUAGUCCAGAUGUCAGGUGUAGAUCACUAGGGGCUCUCAGAAAUUUGAGUGUUGAUGGAGGCCAUGAAGUUUGUGAAGAAAUGAUCAAGAAGGAUGUAAUGACUCCCCUUGUGGCCCUAUUCCAUAAGUAUGGACCUUUAUGGACUCCAGAAACAGAAGAUGUGAAAUGUGCUGAUACCUCUGUUGAUAUUUAUGUUGAAGCUGUACAUUUAUUAUGGAAUUUAUGUGAGAGUUGUGAUAUUGCAGUAAAGAUAUUUAAUAAAGAGAAUUUAAUUGAGUGCCUUCUACCUUGUUUAAAUUAUGAUGUAUAUACUUACCCGUUAUCUCUAGCUGUUGCUCAGUGUCUGCAUACGGUUGCCGAAGAUAACAAACAGGUGGCAACGUUCUGUAAAGAAAAUGGUAUUAUGGGUAAUCUAGAGAAGUUAGCUUGUAUGUCAUGUGAUACGUCCGAUUCUCUACUUCUUAGAACUUUAGUUACUGGUAUAAUGAUAAAUGUCUGUGGAGAUGAAUUGACAUCAACUGCUGGAUGUAUUAUAUCAGCCAUUUUGAAAUCAGCUGGCGAUGUUUUAGAUGUAAAUAUAGUCGAUAAAAUAUCAACAGUUGAAGUGAAAAUACAAGAGAAUGGAAGUGGUGAUGCUGCACCAGUACCAAUGGAAGAGGCAGGAGCUUCCGCUAUAAGUGAGACAAGUGACCAUUCUAUAGCUUUGACACCAGAAGAGACAGAAACAUCGAAACUAUUAAAAGAAAUAGAUAAUUUAUUAACAGCUCAAAGAAUUAGUGCAGAAAUUGUUGCUAAUUUAUGUUGUUCUGAUGAUGAUGAGUCUGAAGAAUUACACGAAUCCAGUUCAACAGAAGAUUUACAAAAUGAUGAAGAAAUGGAAGACAAUUUUUCACAGUUAUGUUUGUCAAGUGAAGUUCAUUCACAGUUCAUUAAUAAUGAUAUUUUUACAAAGUUAUUAAAUAAAUCUGAAUGUUUAUCAGAAGACAAUAAAAAUAUUCUAGAGGCAUCGCAAGAUGGUCGAAAAGUUAUAAGAAGUUUUUCCCAAGUUCAAGUUCAUAGUUUAUUGUCAGCUCAUAAUAUGGUAAACGCAAUGGAUGCUAACGAUCUUGGUGGUUUAAACAAACUGGAAACUGUCUGGGAAGGUUUAGCUAAAUUAUCCACUUCAAAACAAGCAACUGAAGAUAAGAAUUUUUUAGAAGCUGUAACAAGUGCCAUGAGAGCUGUAAUACAAAAACUAGCACAACUCAAGUCACCAAAGUUUUCAGAUGUAACAUCCAAUGAUCUACAGUUUCUAUAUACGAUGGGAAAAUCCAGUUAUUGUACAUCAAUACGAGUUAAUACGAUUAGAAUCAUAGCAACAGUUGGAUGUCUCCUAGCAACCAAUAUACAACCACAUCCUAUACUAAAGGAUAUUGGGUUAUUUUUGGUUGAGAAUUGUAAAGAUCAAGAUUUAUGGGUGGUUGCCGAGGCUCUUGAUUCUAUAUUUGAUGUGUUUGGAGAAGAUCACAUCGAUUCAAUUGUUAAAGAAAUUGACCUGAUUCAAAAACUGCGUACAAUAUUACCUCCACUGAAAGCUAAGAUCAGCCUACAGAAAAAGAAACUGGGAGAUAAAUAUCCAAUAAUUGCGACAGCCAGAACCAAUCUGAUCCGUUUUAUACGAUAUAAAUCAUAAACUGCUGCUUUCAUCAGAAUUUUUAUUAAAAACAUUAUUUUGUUGAGAAAAAUAUGUGAUAAGAGAUAGGACUAGGCUGCGCCUACAUAAAAAUCUUUAGAUCGGGAACAGAGCCCCAAGCACUACGGGAGUGGGAGAUGAGGAAUGUCUAGUGGUAAAACCAUAAGGUCUGCCAUUGAGUCAAGUGACGUUGUUUCGAUUCCUCACUUAUACGUAAAGGGGAAGGGUAGUCUGUCCAACCUCAUGGAUUUCGUUGGAUCCUCCGGUUUCCUCCAACGGCUAAAUACCCCUAUAUGUACGUGCAAGUGAAUUAUUAAAAUUACACCAUAUGCUAGUUUAAAAUGACCUGGUUUGUGUCUAGUGGACGUUAAACCCCAUUUCUCUUCUCUGUCUUUUCUUGGGAGCCACGCUUUUGUUCCUUAGACAAGUGCGCCUCAAUUGACAGACUUUGAUUUUUGGUAUGUCACAAUUCCAAGAUGGCGAUGAUAACGUCCUGCUCAGUUCCUGACAAAUGUACAUAUUAAAAAAAUUUGCUAAUGAAUCAAUUUUAAGCACACGAUAUCAACUAUAAAUACUUCAACACUCGUUAAAAAAAUAUCUUGUUCUGUAAUUGCACACAUAAAUAUUCAGUGAUAAUAUUCAGGGGCUGGUCGCACCAUUUCUGUAAACAAUAAGCUGCAGUGAUUACUCAUGUCAUGUGGCCAUCCCUUAAAGAAUUGUGACUAGUUGAUUAUAGACAAAUACUAAUCAUACGUUUACAAAUAUUUAUUGAAUCAGUCGUAAAACAUUUCUGUCCAAGUGAUUGCCGGCUUGAGUUAAUAUGUCAUAUGUGAUCGUCAUUUGUGAUUCUUUACUCCAAUCGUUUCAAAAUUCAAACCAUAUAAAGAUAUUGAAUCAUAAAAUCGGCUACUUGUGUUAGUUGUCUCAUUGGAGAGUCUAGCGAGGUAUGAUUAAGCCGAACUCUUAGCAAACCAUAUAAGGAUACAGGAUGUCUAGCGUGGAUGAUUACACCAAAUUCGUGGCAAACCAUAUAAAAAUACAAGAGCCUAACGAGGGAUGAUUACACCAAAUUCGUGGCAAACCAUAUAAGGAUACAAGAUGUCUAAGCGUGGAUGAUUAAACCAAACUCUUAGCAAACCAUAUAAGGAUACAAGAUGUCUAGCAAACCAUAUAAAGAUACACGAUGUCUAGCAAGAUUGAUUACACAAAACCAUAUAAAGAUACAAGAUGUCGAGCAAAAUUGAUUACACAAAACCAUACAAACAAACAAGAUAUGCAAAAAAUUGUUAUGCUGCUGAUGAUGCUGAAUGAAACCACAAUGUGUGAAAUUUUUGUUCAAUAUUUACUGUUAAAAUACAGAUGUGACGUCAUACUUUGAUGUUGGUGUAUCAUUAUUUCAAACAAUGGUGCGGACAGUGUGCCAAGUGUACAUUAUUUAUACUAGUUAAAAUUUUGGACCUGUGUGACGUAUUACAUUGCAAAGCAUGUGUGAAUGUCUGUAUUUUAACUUUUUUAAUUGUCUUGAGCUUAAGACAUUGCAUAUUUCAGACUUAAUUAAAACCUGGGGUCUGUUUCACGAAAUUUUAACUAAGAUAAAAUCCAAAUUUUAGUAAUUUGAUUAGAUAAUAUUAGAUUGAUUUUAGUGCUAAGCCAAUCAAUAUUUAAGUAUCUACUAAAAUUUGGAUUUUAUCUUUGGUAAAGAUUUCGAGAAACAGGGCACUGGUUACUUUCGCAAUCAGCUAAAAUAAAUUAUGUAACAAUGUACAUGGAAUUAAUAUUACUCAAUUUUGUUAAUAGUGAUCAUUGGAUAGUUUUAGUUUAUCUUGGAGCUUGUUUUCACCGUAACCUGGAUAUCAUUUAAUCUUGUGUAUUUAGCACUAAUUUCUUUCACAUUAAUUCAGUAACAAAUCUAGUUUAAAGCUGACUAAUCAAUUUUGAUAAUGAGUGUUCAAUUUAAAAGUGUUUAAUUUCCUGACCACUGUUAAUAGCAGUGAUGGGAUUUCAAAAUAUUUCUUGUUGGACAUUUUUACCGAAAAUAAAGGGUCAUAACUCUUAUUGUUAUUUAAGCAGGCAGAUUUUAGACCACACACAAAAAUCAAAAAAAUAUUCAAAUUCGUACGUAUUAAAAAAUAAUUGCACCUCAUUAUUGUUCAUACAUAGUGAUAAUUGGACAGAUUUAAUUUAUCUUGUGGUUUGUUUUGUUGGUGGUAAUAUGAUAUAUUAUUGUUACGUUUACUUCAACAUGUGUUAUUGUUUAUUUAUCACUGUAAAAUUUAUAUCCUUCAAUUAUGAACCCAUGUCCUUUAUUAAUGAAUUUAUCUGCUACAAACAGAUCUAAGUUAUCACUUUCUAGACUUAUGUUUAGUUAUCAGUUGUUAGUAAUCAGGCAGUGCUUAUUAAGGAGGUGUUGUAUAUAAGUCAUUAAGUAGGUGUUAUAUCAUUCAAGUGUUAAACUGUGACUAACGAUUGAUACAUGCCACUAUAUUUGUUUAUUCAAAGUGAUGGGUGUUAUAAUUAGUUCUGAGUUAUCAUGGCUUGCAUAAUUUAAUGGCAGAACUCUUAAAUAGUAAAAGGCCUUUGUUCACAAAUGAAUGGUUUCAGUUUCACAGUGUAUAUAGCACUUUGUUAUGCGCAACUGUUUCUACAUUUUAGUGACCGACUGUUAGAUCUUUGUUUACCACUAUCUCCUUAAAGAUGCAUUAUCUAAGAGUUAAAACGGCCAUUUGCAGAUCUUUCGUUUGGCCUCAAAUACUCUAUAAAUCAUUAAUGAGACAUUUAUUUACAUGACAGGCCCAUAAUCAACUCUCUAGACCACCAGAUGGUUGUGAUUUUCAAUGGAUUUAAACUCGAUUGACAGUACAUCAUUAAAUGUGAGAUCUUUAUCUAAAUCUUAAAUAAUGCAUCUUUAUGCUUGUAAAUAUUCUGCAGGUGAAAGUUUUUCAAUUCAUCGACUAGUCUGAAGGAGAAACCGUAUUGAAAAGUCCAUCAAUUUAAAAGUCUUUAAAAUGUUGCUGUUGAGGGUAUAUUUGUUUCCUGGCAAUGCUGUUUGAUGUUAAUAACAAUUAACCUAUAUAUUAUAUGGACUAUGUUCAUUAUGUCAAAGUGUCGAUCGGGAUCAGACUAGUAAUCGCAUCCACUUAUCUCAGUAGUCCGUCUAUCUAUAGCAUUCUCUCGUUUCUUCUCUUCUCCAUGGCCAUGAAUAUUCAUGAUUUUUAGGCAAGGGGAGGGAGGGGGGUAAAUAAGUAAAGAAAGAAGACGUCACAGCCUAUAGAUUUAUUUUGACAUGAUCAAUAUUUUCAUCAGAUGGUUUUGACAUAAUUACUAGUCUGAGUCCAUCCGUUGUAUGCAUAGUUAUUUCCCUUUACAUCAUUCACAAUGCUUUAUGUUAAUAUUAUGGAGUAUCUUCAUAAUAAUAUUCAUAAUGACUUUCAGAUGUAAAACUGACAGUUCAACAAGGCUGUUUAACAAUAACAUUGAGUCUGGACGGCUGGUUUUACUCUUGUGUUCAUUGAGCUUUAAACAUAAUAUUAUGUUUCUGUCUUAAUUACUGGAUGAUAAAAAAUUUGAGUAGACUAGAUUGUCCACAAAUAAAUAUGUUCAUGUAUAUAAAUAUAUUGUAUAAUGUUAUUUUGAUAGAUGAUGUCCUCCUUAUGAUACAUCAUUACAAAAAUAAAUAUUUAAAAUGGA